AUGAUAUUUGCGCCCGGAGUUGGGUUCUCGUACCCCCCAGUCAAGGUCUCUUGGACAAAACGAGAGGCAAUAUUAUUUGCUCUGAGCAUCGGUGCAACCCAGGAUGAGCUGAAUCUGCUUUACGAGCUACACCCUGAUUUUACCCUGUUUCCAACCUACCCUUCUGUCCUGCAAUUCAAAGGUGGCGCGACAGAUGUAGUCGACUUCUACGCUGCACAAGACAGCGCUGUGAUUCCAGGUAUUCCGAAGUUGGACCCCACUCGUGCAUUGGACGGGGAACGGCGUCUCGAAGUUCUUUGUCCUUUGCCAACCACAUCUCAAGGUCAGGAUUUUAUGUGGCACUCCAAGGUGAUCGGAGUCUACGACAAGGGUGAGAAAGGGACGGUGCUGCAGCAUGAAUAUCUCCUCGUUGAGGCGGGAACAGGAAAAGCAUAUUCUCGACUUGUAGGAUCAGGAUUUUUCGUCGGUCAAGGUCAAUGGGGUGGGCCCAAAGGGCUUCGAGCACAACUGUUCCCUCCCCCACCCGGCAGAGAGUCCCGACCUGACGCAGUCUAUGAGACGCGUGUGGGAUCAACGAGUGCCCAUCUAUAUCGAUUGAACGGCGACUACAAUCCUCUUCACGCCACUCCCGAGCCAGGGGAAGCGAUAGGCCUGGGAGGCAUCAUUAUGCAUGGGCUGUACACGUGGAACAGUGUCGCGCAUCUUUUGGUGCAAAAGUUGGCGGGUUCAGAUCCGUCAACCCUGAAAGAAUAUGGGGCUCGGAUGUCUGCGCCAGUGAAGCCGGGGAUGAUGUUACUGACCGAGGUCUGGAGAUCGGGGAACUUCACCAACGGCUGGGAGGAUAUCAGGUUUCGGACCAGUGCUGGAGGUGUUGAGGUUCUCAGCAAUGGGAGGGCUCUAAUCAAGUGCACGUCGACGAUCGCCAAGCUUUGA